AUGCCAACACUGCUGUUCACGCUCUCGCCUGCUGCCGUUGGGCAACUUCAUGACCUGUUGUCAUGCCUUGCAAAAUUCGAUGAAGCAGUAUCAUGGGAAGCUACGGCCGACAAUUUUCGUAUGUCAAGUCUGAAUCUCACCAAGACGGCCCAUGCAUCUUUCGACUUGACAAACACAUUCUUCACCAAGUAUCACUUCUCGAACGAAGGACGUGGCCCGCAAGGACAGCCGAGGCCAUGGACAUGUCGAAUUCAAAAUAGAGCAUUGCUUGCCAUUUUUCGCCGCCGACUAGCUGAUCCAAGAGACAAGGACGUAGCGCUAGAGCGUCUAGAUUUCGAGCUGCAGGCUCGUCCCGACCAGACGGAGUGUCGGCUCAUAUUCAAGCUCAUCUGCAGACAAGGUGUGGAGAAGAAGUAUCGCCUGUACUACGAGACUGGAGAAAUCCUUCACGCCAGCUUUGAUCAAGAAGCUUCAGCCAAUGCGUGGACUGUAGCAUCGAGGACGUUGCGUGAUGUCGUGGAGUACUUUGGACCAAAGACGGAGCAUCUCGACUGGUGCUACAAGGAUGCGAAAGUCACCUUCACAAGCUACACCGAGAAGAUACAGAACGGCAAGGAGAUACUGAAGCAGCCGAUGCACACAUCUGUAGCCUUGGAACGCAAAGAUUUUAACGCCUUCAACGUCCAGGAAGGGCUUCACAUUGGCAUCAUUGUCAAAGAUUUCCGUUCAAUCGUUGCUCAUGCUGAGACGAUGAAGGUCGAUGUCACCGCCCGCUAUUCGAGAGGUAAUCGACCCAUGCAGAUCGCCUACAGCCAAGGCGGUGUGGCAGCGCAUUUCACGCUCAUGACUCGUGCUACGUCCAGCCACGUCCCGGACGCCUCACGCAACAGCACACCAGCUAGAGACCUGUCUAUGCGAGGAAGAUCCCAGACGCCCUCGAUGACACGAGACCCAUCAAUGCCUGCUACCACCCAGACCGCCCCAACAGAUAUGCCGCCACCCUCAAUACGACCCUCAGCUCGGCCACCACCUACCCGACCCACUUUGUCGAAAGGAGGCGGCACAGAAGACACGCCCGCGCCAAGCGCGAGUCUAAAUCCUGACAGCUUGUUCAUACCGGCAGAUGACGAAGACCAGAAGUGGGAUGAGCCGAAUUAUGAAGAAGACCAAGACAUCGUGACGUGGGACAAUGCUUCAGAUUCGGCAUCCCUUCGAAGGAUCCGCAACUCAGAGUCGGACUCGUUCAUCAGCGUUCCGGAUGGGCGUAAGCGUACUUUCGACGAGAUCGCGCCUACUCAGCGCCUCUCACAAGUCAAGGGCUUAUUUGACUGA